GCUUAAGUCCGAGAGAUCAUCUCAAGAUUGAUAAUGGAAAAUUCUAUGCAGAAUUUUUUUUUUCCUUCUGGGUUCUUCAACUUGAGUUUAAAAAGUAACAAUGGCUGUUCACUCUGGAAGCCUAUUUUUUGUUCGAUUCCGCCAGCGCAAGACUAGCCCUUAGCCUGACACCAUAUCUCAGCCUUUCACUCCAACCGAAUGUUCCAACUUCUUCGCGAUGCCCCAGCCGGGCAAUUAAUUCGUUGGGUAACAGGUAACCGAGUCUUGAGAUACCCCGAGGAAGAACCGGACUUUGCUUUACCUACAAACUACGAACUGGCCUUGUCGAGAGCGAAGAAAUCCCAGCCACAGCCGUCAGACUCGAGCACUCUGGUGCCGCCAGGAGAAAUAAUAAACACAAGCAACAUUGCAAGAGACACGCUGGGCGAUGAGGAACUGGCGAAAGAAACAGCCAAGUUCCCCUUGCCUGUUGAAAUUAAAGAUGGCCUCGUGGUCGUCGACUGGUAUGCAUCAGACGACGCAGAGAACCCGCAGGCAUGGUCGCAGACCAAAAAGUCCGCAGUCGCGUUCAUUAUCUUCAUCUACACAUUUAUCGUCUAUAUUGGAUCCGCAAUCUAUACAUCAUCUUCAGAAGACGUGGUCAAGGUCUUUGGCGUUUCGAUAACUGCCACGUCUCUUGGUCUCUCGUUAUACGUGCUGGGCUAUGGCAUCGGUCCCCUUAUCUUCUCACCUCUCUCCGAGAUCCCCUCCAUCGGCCGAUCACCUAUCUACUGUAUCACGAUGUUCCUCUUCGUGAUCGUCUCCAUUCCACUCCCGAUGGUCAAUAACUUCGCCGGACUUCUCGUCCUUCGCUUCCUGCAAGGAUUCUUCGGUAGCCCAUGUCUUGCAACCGGCGGGGCUACAAUGCAAGACUUGUACUCGCCCCUUUAUCUCCCCUUUGCGCUUAGCAUUUGGGUAACAGCCGCGUAUUGUGGUCCGGCUCUGGGCCCGCUCCUUUCCGGCUUUGCCGUGGAAAAGAUGGGCUGGCGCUGGUCUCUGUGGGAAAUCCUUUGGGGUGCUGCGCCCGUCUUCGUGAUUAUGUUUGUCUUUCUUCCUGAGACAUCAGCGCCUACCCUUCUUCACAGGCGUGCAAUCCGCCUGCGCAAAUUGCUGGGUACUCAAAGCCUGAUGUCGCAGUCUGAGAUUAGCCAAGGUGAACUUGAACCACUCGCUUCUGCCACGGAAGCUAUCAUCAAACCUUUGGAGAUAUCUAUCAAGGACCCGGCCGUCUUGUUUGUCCAGCUGUACACGGCAAUUGUGUACAGUAUCUACUAUUCAUUCUUUGAGGUAUUUCCCUUAGUCUAUCCACCCAUAUACGGAUUCACCAUCGGCACGGUCGGCCUCGUCUUCCUCUGUAUCCUCGUGGCCUGCUUCCUCGGCGUCGCAUUUUAUUUCGGUUACCUAUUGUAUUACCUCCUCCCCCGGCUGAAGCAGGACCGACCAAUGUCGCAAGAAAGCCGGCUUGUCCCCGCCCUAAUCGCCAGCUUUGGACCACCCGUCGGGCUCUUCCUGUUCGGCUGGACCGCAAAUAAGAAUAUCCACUGGGUUGUCCCAACAACUGGGAUAACGAUCUACGCCGGGUCAGCAUUCAUCGUGCUGCAGUGUGUAUUUGUGUAUGUGCCCAUGUCGUAUCCGAUGUACGCGGCAUCGUUAUUUGCAGCCAACGAUUUCUUUCGCUCUGCCAUGGCCUGCGCUUCUGUUUUGUAUGCAAGGCCGAUGUUUGAUAAUCUAGGGAUUGGGCGGGGAAUAAGUCUUUUGGGCGGGUUGAGCACGCUUGGUAUUAUUGGGAUUUUCUUAUUAUAUCAGUAUGGGUCGGUUCUCAGGACAAAGUCGAAAUUUGCGGUAUCCUGA